GGUGGAUAUUUUUACGAAUGUUUAUUAAAAGAAUAUCGAAAUAAAUAUUCUUGCUGUUAAAAUAUCACAACUACAACAUAAAUUAAUCACCAGAGAAUAAUAUUUUUGUUUUAAAUAAUUUUAAAGGAUGAGUACGAAGAUUAUCAAAGCGAGCGCUGUGGAGCCUGACCCCUUCGAGACGUCGAUCUCGCAGGCGCUGGUCGAGUUGGAAACAAACUCUGACCUCAAGGCACAGCUCAGGGAGCUGUACAUAACUAAGGCUAAAGAAAUUGAACUGCACAACAAAAAAUCAAUCAUCAUCUAUGUGCCGAUGCCAAAGCUGAAGGCUUUCCAGAAAAUCCAAAUCCGCCUUGUCCGUGAAUUGGAAAAGAAGUUCAGUGGCAAGCAUGUUGUGUUCGUUGGAGACCGCAAGAUCCUGCCCAAGCCCAGCCACAAGACGCGUGUCGCCAUCAAACAGAAGAGGCCAAGAUCUAGAACAUUGACAUCUGUAUACGAUGCUAUCUUGGAGGACCUUGUGUUCCCCGCUGAGAUUGUAGGCAAGCGCAUUAGGGUAAAGCUGGAUGGAUCACAGCUCAUCAAAGUGCACCUUGACAAGAACCAACAGACCACUAUUGAACACAAGGUGGACACCUUCCAGUCGGUAUACAAGAAGUUAACAGGGCGUGAAGUCACCUUCGAGUUCCCUGAACCCUACUUGUAAACUUAGACUAUGACUUUACAAUAAAACUAAAACCGUAAA